GGUUAUUUGCUUCCCGCCUUUUCCAUCAAGCUGGAGAGCGAGAGCUAGCUCCAGUAAUAACGGCUUUCUUAAAAUUCCGUAUAGAUAUAGAUCUAUAUUCACGAAGGAUUAUAUAAUCCAGCAAUGCUAAACCGGUGAUUUCUCCCUAUCAACCAUCGGAAUUUCAUUAUAAUACUUACCGGUACGCUGUUGUUAUUAUAUGCAAUACCGUACUAUUGAAAAUUGUUUUCUCAUCUUUGCUGGUACGGAAACAUUUGUUUAAAGUGUAGCCGCUAUCUCAAUUCUAAAUCUCUAUCUCGUUAAGUAAAUUUAAAGAAAACUAACAUAGAUCAGCAUGGAUGUCAAGCUUAACAACUGCUGACAUUUUAGGCCUGAGUUAUGCCGAGAAUAAAUAUUCAACUAACCAUUCAGAAAACAGUGGUUAAUUCAGGACAUAUUGCAAGUACAAUAUAUAACAGAACAUUGAAUUAUAUAGGCCUAUAUCUUGUACAUGAAAAACAGUAGUGCCAAUUCCACUGAAGUUUUCUCUUUGGAGAACGAUGCCGAUCUCACAAGUAAUGUUUUUAAAGUUUCAGUAUCGGACCAUGACUUGUCGUUCAGCACAGUUUCUACAAUUAUUUUAUGGAAUAAUUCGCUGAGCAAUACUUCCUAUCAGCUAAGUAAUCCAGCCAUAGCAUUUUUAUUAGUAGCAUUUAGUCUUGUGGUAGUUAUUGGAAAUCUCAUGGUAAUUUUCGCUGUUUAUAGAGAAGUGUAUCUAAGAACUGUUACCAAUUAUUUUAUUGUAUCACUAGCCAUUGCCGACGUAAUGGUUGGAGGAGUAGUCAUGCCUUUCAGCAUAAGUAAUGAACUAACCAGAUCUGUAUGGCUGUAUGGUCAAGCUUGGUGUGAUAUGUGGAGAUCAUUAGAUGUUCUUGCAUCUACAGCUUCCAUCUUAAACUUGUGUGUUAUUUCAUUGGAUCGUUACUGGGCGAUUACAGAUCCUAUUGCAUACCCUAGUAAAAUGUCAAACGGAAAAGUAUGCAUUUUGAUUGCUUUAGUUUGGUUUUGCUCAGCAGGAAUAUCUUUUCCUGCUAUAGCCUGGUGGCGAGCAGUAACCCCGACAGAUUUGCCAAAAAAUCAAUGCUUGUUUACCGAGGAUAGUGCAUAUCUAAUUAUUUCAUCUGUUGUUUCAUUUUAUGUACCUACAUUUAUAAUGAUGUUCGUGUAUUGUAAAAUAUACAAAGCAGCUCAAGCUCAGACAGAAGGAAUUAAAAGCGGAUGCAAAAUAACAGCUGACUGUCCGAAAGGAGACAAUGGAGAAGUCAUGACUUUGAGAAUACACAGAGGUGGAUAUAGACUAGGAAACGAUUUGGAUCAGGCCACGAAUAUGUUUAACCAUCGAAAUAGCGACAUAGACAGUGAACUUUCUCUUAGUACACACCACCAAGCAUAUAUUAACAAAAAUAUGAAUCAACAAGGUCGCCCUGCGACAUUUAUUUCAAAGAAAAUAAAACAUUUUGCGAUAAGUAAAAAACUGACCAAGAUUGCCAAGGAGCAGAAAGCGGCUAAAACGUUAGGCAUUGUUGUGGGGGUUUUUGUUAUAUGUUGGGUACCAUUCUUCUGUGCAAAUGUGUUGUUUGGACUUUGCCACAGCGAGUGUAUUUACAGGCCUGAAAUUUUGUUUCCAGUAUUUACAUGGCUUGGAUAUAUCAACUCUGGAAUGAAUCCGAUAAUAUAUGCGUUGUCGAUGAAAGAUUUUAGGCGAGCUUUUAGUAAAAUGAUUUUAUGUUGUCCACGUUAUAGACAUAGUCAAAAUAAAAGAUACACGUAUAGUCAUUCAAACAGCUUAUCCACCUCAAGUUUUUCUGUCAAUUAUAACGAAAAAUGUGUUCAUUUAAAAAUCUAAAAUGGAAGAUUGGAAGAAAUAUAUUAUCUUAACGUUUUAACUUUUAGUUCAUUUUCUCUGUUAGCCAUAAUAAACAA